CAGAGCUCGGCAGCUGUCGUGUAGAUGAAGGAGCGUGAGGGAAGGAGAACAGAUGGUUGUUUUUGCAGACAAUAACCCGUCGAAUAACUAUCUUAUACAUCGACAACGGACUUGAUCAGCACCGUUGUCAUUUAAAAUUCACCCACGGAAUCAGCUGAUCCUGUCUUAAUACCGCAAGAAGGACAACCAUGCCCGCGCUCUCUGCCCGCACCGAUAUCGGCAGCUCACCCCCUUCUCCGGUGGACAGCGGUGUAAGGAGGCUGUCCUGGGGCAAACUGGUUCAGAGGAUGGCUGAUUUCAGCACAUCUGCCAGCAGCAGCAGUAUUGAGUCAGUGUCCAACGAUGGCAGCAGGAGUGAUCUCUCCGACUCAGGGUCAGACGUCUCCGGCGACCUGUCUCACUGGAACGAAGACCUGUUUAAUGAUCCGAUGGAGGAGACCAUCCUGAAAGAAGUCGUGGACCUUAUUUCGGGAAGCCUGAGAGAUGCCAAAGACGACUUACGAUGUGCCAAGCUGCUCAUCCCCGAGAAACUUCUGGAGCACAUCGGACAGGAGCUCCUUCACCUGGCGGCCAGUGAGCCCUGCGGCCUACGGGGGGCUCUCAUUGACCUUUGUGUGGAGCAAGGGGCCGCCUGUGAGAGCGUAGCACAGCUAUCUGUGGACCCCGACCUCGUCCCCACCUUUCAGCUGACUCUGGUGUUGAGGUUAGAGUCUGGUGGGCUCUGGCCCAAGAUCCAAGGACUUUUUAGCACAAAGUCUCCAUCCACUCCGGUAGUGAGACAAGCGAUUAAACUCAGCACUGGUUUCCGAGUGAUCAAGAAGAAACUGUAUUGUUCCGAAGAACUGCACAUCGAGGAAUGCUGAGAAACGUGUGCGACGGUCGAUAUUUGAUCGCCUGCGUUUUCGGAACGCAGAGUUAAGCUCACAGAAGGGCCUUAUUACUAUAACUACAUGUAUAUGAUGCCUUCUGACGUGUGUCAUUGUGUAGCUUAUUGUUCCCACUGUAAGGGAGUUCAUGGUCCGGAGCAGGUGUCCCGUUUCAAAAUUACAUUAUGUGCAACCAUCAUGGUAUCAGUCGUAAGUAGGCAUUUCGCAAGUAUCAAAGCGCUUACCUCAGUUUCAAAAUUGAAAUACUCAAAGGCAGCUAGCUAUAUGAUUACAGUCAUUGAAGACCAUUGUGUUUUGUUUUUCUUUUCUUUUUUUAUACAUGGCAAUUAAUUAUAAUGUAAGUGACAAGUGAUGAAUUGUACGCCAGGCAAGUUGUUGGGGACCCUAGCGGCCGCUUGGAUUAAAGAGCAAAGGCUUUACCAGUGCUUGCAUCAUGCAGUUUAUGUGCACGCUACGGCAAAAAUUUCAAAUGUAAGUUGAUCCUGUAUCUGUGUAGACCUUUCCUGCUUUAAACUUUAUUUAUUUGACAUUCAAAUACUCAUAACAUUGCACUGUUUUUGUACAUCUGUGACUGCGAAUAAAUUAUUUUUUUUAACAAUU